AUGAACGCGCUGAAACCCAAAGUUAUCUACGGGACUGCAUGGAAAGGCGAACGCACAACCCAGCUUGUAAUGAACGCCUUUCUACAGGGGUUUCGUGCUCUUGACACAGCAUGCCAGCCAAAGCAUUACAGGGAGGACCUCGUAGGAGAGGCUUUGGAGAGGCUGCAAUACAGACACGGUCUUUUGCGCAAAGAGUACCACAUCCAGACCAAGUUCACGCCGAUAGGUGGCCAGGACCUUAACAAGCCUCUCCCUUACAACCCGCGGGACAGCGUCACAGACCAGAUUGAAUCAUCCCUCGCAACUUCUCUGCGCAAUCUGCGGACGUCUUAUCUCGAUUCCUAUCUUUUGCACUCGCCUCUGCAGAUCGAUGCGGGGACCGUACGCAAGAUUGGUAUCAGCAAUGUCUACGACGUUCGUAUGCUUAUCACGCUGGGACAGCUGAGAAAGGUGCAGGUGGUGCAAAACCGGUGGUACGAGGGCAACAACUGGGAUCGCGAAGUUUGGCAGUAUUGUAGAGACAACGACAUCGAGUACCAGUCAUUCUGGACGCUGACCGGGUCGCCUAGUCUGCUAGCUCACCCAACAAUCCUCGCAGCCGCCGCUAAACUUGACGCUACGCCUGCGCAGAUCAUUUUCAAGCUUGUGCAACUCCAUGACAUCAUUUCGUUGACUGGAACAAGCAAUGAGUUACAUAUGCAACAAGAUCUCGCAGCGGAGCGAAUCGCGCUCGAGGGCGUUGAAGAGGAAAUCAGGAUCGUCACCAAGUUCAUUUGGGGUUGA